AUGGCCACCCUCAUAACCAACCCUCAAAACCAAACCCAACCCUCCUCUACCACCAUGGACCACCACGUUGCUGUCAUUGUCCUCCCUUUCCCGGCCCAGGGCCACCUCAACCAGCUCCUCCAGCUCUCCUGCCUCGUCUCCUCUUACGGCGUCCCCGUCCACUACGUCGCCCCACCCGUCUUCUCCCGCCAAGCCCAGUCCCGAGCCAAUGACCUCAUCAACCCCCACGACCUACAAAAAAUUCACUUUCACGACAUCCCGACCCCACACUUUGACUCCCCGCCACCCAACCCCGACUCGUCCCAUAGGUUUCCCACUCAUCUCCUGCCCGCCUGGUAUGCCUGCUUAAGCCUUCGCGAACCCUUUUCCGCCUUCUUGCUUGACUUGUCCAAGAAAUUCACACGCGUCGUCAUAAUCCACGACCCCAUGAUGGCCUUCGUCGUCCAAGACAUCGGCUCGGUGCCCAAUGCAGAGUCGUGGAGGAGAUCGCGACUGGGAUCGAGAGGAGCAGGGCGAAGUUCUUAUGGGUGGUCAGGGAUGCCGACACAUGCGAUGUGUUUGGCAGACCAAGCAGGAGGCUCGGCCUGCCGGAGGGUUUCGAGGAAAGGGUGGAGGGGAUGGGCCCCGCAGCCUCGAAUACUUGACCACGAGGCGGUGGGAGGGUUUGUGAGCCACUGCGGGUGGAACUCGUGCGUGGAGAGCAUCGUGGGUGGAGUGGCGGUGGCCGCGUGGCCCAUGCAUGCAGACCAGCCAGCGAACGCGACGCUGGUGGUGGGGGUAUUGGGGAUGGGAAUUGUGGUCAAUGAGUGGGCCGGGCGGGCUGAGCUGGUACGGGCCGAGGCGGUGGAAGAUGCAGUGAGGAGGCUGAUGGGGCCCGGGGAAGGGGAGAGGGUGCGGAGGAGGGCGGAGGAUGUCGGGAAGAUGGUUCGGGCUGCGACGAAGAAGGGCGGGUCAUCGAGGCUCGAGAUGGACUCGUUUAUUGCUCAUAUCAACCGGAUGUAG